CGUGUGAGUCGUGGCAAUAUAUUUGGUAUAGUUACAUACUGUUAUUCAGUAUACUUUCUGCUGAGAAAUGUAACGCUCCCCAUAGAGGUGAUUAAGGUAUACUCCAAACAGAUACGUCAGUUCUUUUCUCUUCACUACAUUGAUACAAGUGCACCUAAUUUGGGGUAUUUAAACAAGUUAUAUCCCGGUCUUAAAGAGAAAGUACUAAAAGAAAUAGGCAUGGUAGCAAUCUCCACUUGAGUGCAUUGUUUGGCUACUGGGUACGUACAUGGAUCAGUUGCCCUAAUGCCAACAACCAAAGUACUCGGACUUCAUAACUAGAAGGGCGAGGGAAAUGCAACGGUUAGUACUAGCAUUGAAAGAUGUACUUUUGUUCGUGCUUCAAUCCUUCGAAUCUAUAAAAAGGUACCCAUCACGUGUCGAUGACGUAAUAAAAUACGGGAAACAAUUUCAUUGGAUUUUCUGGAGAAGAAAGAAGUUCUGGACCUUCAAUUCUCUUCUGUAUUUCUCCCCCAAUCUUGACUUCUUUCGCCUAGGAUGUAUCUUUCCGAUUUUUUCUGAAUAGCCAAAAAUGAAAAAGACACUAUUACUAGUUUUUAUCCACGGAUUCAAGGGCGAUGAUGAUACGUUCGGGAAUUUCCCGAAACAUGCGCGUGCUCUCAUCGAUCGUGCCCUCCCUGCCAUAGACGUUGCUACAGUCGUGUAUCCCAAGUACCAGACCCGAGGGGAUUUGAAAGAAUGCGUGGGGCAUUUUCGAGAAUGGUUACAGAAUCAAGUCAUCGACCUGGAGGUUGCCAACCGAACAGCCUCGCCAACCGUUGAUCCUUCAGUUCACGUUUUCUUAAUUGGGCACUCGAUGGGAGGUAUUGUCGCCGCCGAAACGCUUCUUCUACUGGCCUCAGAGCAACCUAUUCCCGCCAAGCCCUCCGCGGCAGAUUCGGAAUCCCCCGCCAAUUCCCAAAUCCUGGAACCAGGCUCGUUCAUGUUUCCGCAUAUCCAGGGAGUACUUGCAUUUGAUACGCCAUUUCUGGGUAUUGCCCCGGGUGUCGUCUCGUAUGGCGCGGAAGGACAAUACAAGAAUGCCACGACCGCGUACACUGCUUUGACGGAGGUAGCAGGCCUGUUCGGCUUCGGCGAUAGCGGCGGUUCAUCCAGCAAGGCGCCUAACGCCAAUCAGCAAUCUGUGAACGACAAAUCCUUACCUCCCCAGCAGCCUAGUGCUACGACUCCAUCUUCAGAUGCUGCUGCAACGCCAUCUUGGCAGCGGUGGGGCCGAUAUGCCAUGUUUGCAGGGGCCGCAGGGGCCGUGGCCGCGGGAGGAGCGGCCGCAAUGUAUUCGCAACGCCAGCGCCUGACAGAUGGCUGGGGCUGGGUCUCAUCUCAUCUUGCAUUUGUUGGGUGCUUAGCUCGUCCGUCAGAUCUCCGCCAGCGCAUCUCACUCCUGUCAGAGGUGCAGACGGAACGCGGGAUCGGUUGCACCAAUUUUUUUACAGCUUUGGGUAAAAAUGCAACGUCGCUGGUAGAGACCUCGGGCCAAGGUAAGACUUCGCUGAGUCAAAGAAUCAUUCGCUCAAGAUAUCGUACCUUCUGCACCCUCCCGCCUGAGGUCGAAAACGAAGAGGCGGCGUACGACCGGAAAUUAGGACUCGGAUGGGUCAAAGCUGUGAAUGAUAAUGCAGCAGACGAGAUCAAGGCGCACGUUAGCAUGUUUUUACCACACGAAAACCCUGCUUUUUAUGAACUGGUCAACGAAGCGUGCAAGGUUGUGGCAGAGUCCAUCGACAAGGGUUGGUAUUCAACCGCGACAGGGCCCGUAGAGGAGGUCGACAGCAACUUGCCGCGGACCGAGGGCGGGACCCCUGCCAAUAACGACAGUGGAUUCAUGGAUGCUGACGACGUCGUAAUUGUGGAAUAAAAAAAUACCUCUUCCAAAGUACGAUUGGCUCCUGUCUCCAAAAGCCGACGCUAUUCGUGUAGACGCCCUUUUCUCGGGAACGCCAAAACCGUUUGAACCAUCUGCAAGGCCACUGCAGGAUAAGAUUCGAGCUAAUUAUGCCAGUCGGCGCGGCCGACGCGUGAUAUCGCUUCUAUCGGUUCCAUGCUUUCCGGCGUUACACCCCUAGUCAAGUAUGGAUUACACCUUGGAA